AACAAGUCAGGCUCUGAAAGGACAUCUAACACAUUUGUGCAUCCUGCUGACACACAUUUUGUACUCUCAAAUACUACGACCAAAAUCGCUAAACAAAAUUUUCUCUUUGAUACAGAACGACUCGGAUCUAUUUAUGUUCACUUAUGUUAUAUACAUAUAGCAUUUUUCAGACGAUUAUUAUUUUAUGAACUUUUCUGCCUUAAGAAGCGGUCGAAUUAUUUCGUUAAGAAUAUAGAUACUUCAUAACGAACCCCCAAUUGAAGUUAUUACGUAUUUCCGUAAAACUACAGGAAAAAAGGAAAAUGUUCGCUUUAUGGUAUGCCCUACUUUCUUGGAAGGAAUACAAGGCGCUUAAUCUAGCUACAAAACGAAACAUCGAACAAAAACCAGCAGUAGGAACCAUACUUAAACCAGAGGUGGAAAGUCCAGAACCUUUAAAUUCAGUUGAUCCCAAUAAAAAUAAAUUGCCUGCUCCUUCAGUGCCUCAAACAAUACCUCUAAGUGCCCCAGCAACGAAACCCCAAAACACAAUAAUGGAAACAUCGUUUCCAGGUCAAAUUCAACCCUGUGUAAAUGAUUCCUUAGAACCUCUUCCAAAGCCUCCAAGAUCUCCAUCCCCACAUCCUAUGAGAUCAGAAGUUUUCGAUGAUAUUGAAUUCGAUACUGGGGAUAGUGAUGACGAGGAAGAAGAAGAAGAAGAAGAGGAAGAACAGAACACUGUUAUUUAUUCUGCUGAGACAGAUCCGAAAAAAGUGUCCACUAAUAAUGAGGAUUUCUUGUCCGGUGAAAUAAAUAACUUGAAGAGAGAAUCAUGAAUGUUUGAGAAAUAGUUGAGAUUUAUUUUUUUAAAUCAAGAUGAACGAGGACCUCUUAUGAAUGAUAUAUUUCAAACUGUUUUUUUUAUUUAAGAAAUAAAGUUUUCUUUUCAAUUGAAA